CGUAGCCCGUUUGGCAUCCUAACGGUCCGGUGGUGUGACGUCCUAAAUGUGUACGUUUAAAUAGAAAUAACAGCUGCUUUUCGUUGGCGGGUGACGGUGUUUAAGGUGGCUGGGUAACACGCGAUAAGCCACGGCGCCGGGUCCUGUUUGCUGAAAGGGAGAGGAGUGAAAAUGGAGCUGGAAGACGGAGUUGUGUACCAGGACGACCCGGGGACAUCAGCGAUGAUGUCGGAGCGGGUGUCGGGCCUGGCCAACUCCAUCUACCGCGAGUUCGAGAGGCUCAUCGGCAAAUACGACGAAGACGUGGUGAAAGAGUUGAUGCCGCUGGUCGUGGCCGUGCUGGAGAACUUGGACUCGGUAUUCGCGGAGAACCAGGAGCACGAAGUGGAGCUGGAGCUGCUGAAGGAAGACAACGAGCAGCUCAUCACCCAGUACGAGCGGGAGAAGGCGCUGAGGAAGCAUGCAGAGGAGAAGUUCAUAGAGUUUGAGGACACGCACGAACAAGAGAAAAAGGACCUGCAGAACCACAUGGACAGAAUGGAGUCCCACUCUCGACAACUGGAGCUAAAAAUCAAGAACUAUGCAGACCAGAUUGGCAGGUUAGAAGAACGAGAGCUGGAGCUCAAGAAGGAAUUUAAUUCUCUUCACCAGAGACACACGGAGAUGAUCCAUAAUUACAUGGAACAUGUGGAGAGGAUCAAAAUGCAGCAGAUCAGUGAGACGUCAGAGUCCAGUGCUGUCGGUCGAAUCAGGAGAGAACGGCCUCUUUCUCUGGGGAUUUUCCCCUCUUCGGGUGGAACGUCUCUAAUAAUCCCUGACCCACAGGCCAGAGCAGAGACACCGGGCACAGAGGGCUGGAGGUUCACUGACCCCACCCAGCCCCGGUCCAACACCAGUCUCAAGCAGUUGGACUUGGUGGAGCCCCCAAGGGAGAGGGAGGGUAAGAGUGCACAGGACUCUACCUGGGGGAUUUCACUGGCAGACGACUGCAAGGACGAGAUGUCCGACUUCCCUGGCUCCAAGUCGGCCACUCCGAUGUCCACAACCGCCUCAGACACUAGGAGGGAAAACGGGAGCAGUAAGAGCACAGAGGUGCAGGCUGCACCAGGGACGCGAUCCGUAUCAGUGGGUCUGCCUGAAAACCAGGACAGCUCAGAUGUGCAGGACAUUAUUGAGUCCACUCCAGAGCUGGACAUGGAUCUGGGUGGAUACAAAUGCUGCAGUACGCCAACCAAAGGCAUCGAGAACCUGGCCUUCGAUCGGAACACAGAAUCACUGUUUGAGGAGCUGUCGUCUGCAGGCACUGGGCUCAUAGGAGACGUGGAUGAAGGAGCCGACCUGCUGGACCUUAGUUUGAUUGGUAUGGGACGAGAAGUUGAAAAUCUAAUUCAGGAGAAUUCACAACUACUCGAGACAAAAAAUGCUCUGAAUGUGGUGAAUAAAGACUUGAUAUUGAAGCUGGAUGAGUUGACCUGUGACAAGGACAUGUUGCAGGGAGAACUGGAGUCUCUGCUGCAGGUCAGGAGCAAACUGGAGGACAAAAACAGAGAACUAGAGGAGGAACUUAAAAAAGUGAGGCUAGAGAUAGAGGAAGUGAAACAUAAAACAAAGGAUGAAGAAGAUAGCGACGUGCCGACGGCACAGAGAAAACGCUUCACCAGGGUGGAAAUGGCCCGAGUGCUGAUGGAGAGGAACCAGUAUAAGGAGAGACUGAUGGAGCUGCAGGAAGCUGUGAGGUGGACGGAGAUGAUCAGGGCCUCCAGGGAAAGCCCAGCUCUCACAGAAAAGAAGAAGUCCAGCAUCUGGCAGUUCUUCAGCAGACUGUUUAGCCCCAGCACUCCUGCAGUGAAAAAGGUGGAGUCCCAGUCCAACGUUAAAUACAACGCGCCAGGCGGCUUGGUCAAGAGGAGUAGCACCUUCUCCCAGUUCCCCACUGAAAAGUCCAAGACCUUUGACUUCCUGAAUGAAGAGAAAGACCAGUGCAGCUCUCCGUCAAGGAAGGAGCAGAAGAGAGCCCAGUACAGACAGGUGAAAGCCCACAUGCAAAAGGAGGAUGGAAGAGUCACCGCGCACGGCUGGAGCCUUCCCAGCAAAUACAAGGUGCCAAACGGAGGACAGGUGGAGCACAAAAUGAACUUACCCGUGCCGGUAUAUUUGAGACCUCUGGAUCAGACAGAUGCUUCUAUGAAGCUGUGGUGUGGGGCAGGUGUGAAUAUGUCCGGAGGCAGGGGCUCAGUUCUAAAUAAAAUAUGUAAGGGUUCUCAGAGUAGUCUGGACCAGCUGGAACAUGACAAUAAGGAUCAGGAGAAAGUGGACUCAGAGAAGGAGCUUGUGGCUCAUGAUGAGGUGUCCAGCAGGGUGUGGGUUUGCACCAGCACCCACUCUUCCACCAAGGUUUUGGUGCUGGAUGCCAGUCAGCCCUCAGACCUGCUCGACAGCUUCUACGCCUGCAACACCCACGUCGUCUGCAUUGCCAGUGUACCAGGAGUACUGGAGUCUGAUUAUCCUGCCAGUGAGGAGGUACCUCAGGAUACGGACGCCAGCCAAGGGGAUCGAGAAUCCCUGGCUGGCAGUGUGGCCAGUAUGGGGUCCACAGGGAGCGAUGGCACAGCAGCAGCAGAAGGGACCACUGCCAUCCCUCAGACGGCCACUUCAGGGCCCACAGACCAGGCCUCUGAACACUCUGCUAUCUCUGGCUCAGUUGAGCUGUCCAGAGAGACAAGUCCAACAGAGGACGGAGUUCCGACGGCAGAGGAGGCAACAGAAGCAACUGAGGCUAAUGCUGGUGUGGAAGACGGAGAGGAGGAGCAGGGAGCAGAUCAAAACCAGCCUGGAAUCUACACGGAACACGUGUUUACUGAUCCACUGGGAGUGGGUCCCACCGACUCCUCACCACAGAGGGGCUCUGGGCACGACAGAGACACUUCGUUGUCAAAAGAUUCCGACCAAUCAGAGGGCGAAGUCCUGAGGAUGAGCAGCGCACUUCCCACCAUGUGGCUGGGAGCGCAGAAUGGAUGUCUUUAUGUUCACUCGUCUGUGGCUCGAUGGAGGAAGUGUCUCCACGCCAUCAAGCUCAAAGAAUCCAUCCUCAACAUUGUACAUGUCAAAGGGAGAGUCCUCGUGGCAUUGGCUGAUGGGACAUUAGCUAUUUUCCACAGAAACAUCGGAGACGGUCAGUGGGAUCUGACCAACUACCACCUGCUGGACCUGGGUCGGCCUCACCACUCCAUCCGCUGUAUGAGUGUGGUGCACGACAAGGUGUGGUGCGGCUACAGGAACAAGAUCUACGUCAUCCAGCCCAAGGCCAUGAGGAUAGAGAAGUCAUUCGAUGCUCACCCCCGUAAGGAGAGCCAGGUGCGGCAGCUGGCCUGGGUUGGAGACGGUAUCUGGGUUUCCAUCCGAUUGGACUCAACACUACGCCUGUUCCACGCUCACACCUACCAGCACCUCCAGGACGUGGACAUUGAGCCCUACGUCAGCAAGAUGCUCGGUACGGGUAAACUGGGCUUUUCCUUUGUGAGAAUCACUGCUCUGGUGGUGUCCUGCAGCCGCCUGUGGGUGGGAACAGGAAACGGUGUCAUCAUCUCCAUCCCUCUGUCUGAAGCAAACAAGACGACAGGGGCCGUGCCAAAUCGACCCGGUACUGCUGUACGGGUUUAUGGAGAUGACAGCGCCGACUGUGCCCUGCCAGGCAGCUUCGUACCCUACUGCUCCAUGGCACACGCCCAGCUGUGCUUCCACGGACAUCGGGAUGCUGUCAAGUUCUUUGUGACGGUGCCAGGUGAAGCGAUGCCACCUCCAGGUACGGCAGAUUCAGGUUCCGAUGAUCCUGCGUCCGAAUCAUCAGAGGUAGCAGCGACCUCGGAGCCCAAAUCAUACCUGGUGAUGAGUGGAGGUGAAGGCUACAUCGACUUCAGAUUAGGCGACGAAAGCGGUGAAUUGGAAGAGUCCACGGGCAGCCAGCAGUCAACGCCCACCAAGGCCGAGCAGAGCCACCUCAUUGUCUGGCAGGUCACGACCUCACACGAUUGAUUAACAAGACAAAAAUUAGACUAAAAUCCACCUCUUCUUGUGUCAGUGCCAGGACCACCUUCCACUUCCUGCAUGUCUCUAAGUUUUUAAUUUGAUAUCACUGGUUCUUCUUUAGACCCGAGGUAGUUGACUACUUUGUAAAAAGGAAGAAAACUUAUUUUUAGUCUAUGUUUUGUACAGAAUAUUCUUUAUGAAUUUAGACCAACGAGGUUUAUACCGACGUGUUUCUCUGUACCAGGUUGCAUGAAGGGAAAGCAGGUGCAAAGAGGGAAAAAGUUCAAGUCAGUUGACGGGCGGUGGUGUGGUGAUGAGUGUGACUGUUUAAACAGGUUUAAAAGUGAAGGAUAAGAAGGGAAAAAUGGCUACAGAAAGAGAAAAAUUUGAAUUGAAGAAUAUUUUUAUUACAAGCGUUACACAUAAGACAAAUUAAUGUGCAAGUGUAUCUGCAGCGUGAAUGGACCACUGAUUAGUUUCAUGUGUUUUUAUUAUCUUUAGCAUUAGCCUUCAGUGUCAAAAUGUGAUCAGGUCAAGAUAAAAGCAGAAUAUUUGUGCUGAGGACGUAGCACUGUGCUGUUGGUAUCUUAGAGAAGCAGCAUGUGUGACAGGCACAUGGUUAAAAAAAACACAUUAACAUAAAGCUAAAUGUGCUUUUAAUUUAGCGAAGCUAGAAAAGCUAGGCUGCCUGAGAGGCUAAGCUAAAGCUGCUGUCAGCAUCAUCUCUAAAAAAGAUUUUUAUGUGCUCUAUUAGUCGUGAUGGGUUUAGUUGUCACUAACUUUACCAGCAGAGGGCGUUCACCAGCCGAAGCAGCGUGUGUUCCCAGUAAAGCUACUUGUGGGGACAUUCUUUUGGAAAACAAAAA